UCAGUUCAGUUUGUAUGUUAAGAAUGUUUGCUGCAGCCACUAAAAACUUUGUGAAACAGGUAGGAGACACAGGAAGACUAAUCCCGGUUCCCAGCCUGAGCGAGGCUGAUCGAUACCAACCCCUUAGCCUGGUCACCAGAAAGAGGAAGAGACAUUUCUGGAAAAAGAACAAGUACGCUUCAACUGCGUUUUCGCUGAAAGACAUCCUUGUUGGAGAAAAAGAGAUCACGGCAGGAGUAUCCUCCUAUCAACUCCUAAACUAUGAGGAUAAAUCUGACGUAUCCCUGAACGGUCGUUUAGGUAAUCACAUAAUAAACGAUGUGGGGUUUAACCUCAGCGGGUCAGACUCAGUGGCCGUCAAGGCCUCCUUCGGCAUUGUGACCAAACACGAGCUGGAGGUUCCAACCUUACUACGUGAACUUAACUCAAGGAAGGUGGAUCUUGACCACUGCCUGGUUCGUCAGUCUAGGGAGAGUGGACGUUCUGUCCUCUGUGUGGUUGUAGAGAGUAUCCGGACAACGCGUCAAUGCUCUUUAACCGUCCACGCUGGCAUGAGAGGGACAACCAUGAGGUUUCAGAUCGACGAUGGCCGAAACCCUAAAGGUCGAGAUAAAGCCAUCGUCAUUCCCGCUCACACUACCAUUGCCUUCAGUAUCUGCGAGCUGUUUGUCCGUCUAGACGGACGACUGGAUAUCUGUGUUGCUCCAGAGUCAAAGGGGGGAUUUGAGAGGGAGCAGAUGAGGGAGCAGCUGGGCGGCUUUGUUGGCCAUUUCUCAAUGGGUCGCCUGCGCCGCUUCUUGUCCGGAAUAAUCUAUGGAAACCCAUUCCGAGCAGAUGACAGAACAUUCGAAGAACUAACCCACUCCGAUACCUACAUGGACGACAUGGUGACAGAGUACUACGAGAAGGCCGCCAGUAUGACGGACGUGUCCACGUCCUACCUUAGGGAAAGCUCCCACACGCGGGUCAACCUACUGAAGCACAACAUCCGGAAGGGACCCUGCGCACUGUGUGGUAUGGGAAACCAGCGGCGGGAAACUGUCUACGGCUGUCUGGAGUGUUCCAGUGGGGGUCAGAAGUACGUCCGGCUGCAUGUAGUGCCCUGUUUCGAUCUUUGGCACAAAACCCUGAGGUGAAAAGGGCAAACUUUUGAACUGCGGCCAACAUCUUUGUAACAUCCUGCCGUUGCCUCAGGAGAACAAACUGUCUCUAAACUUAAUCUCCAGGUCACCUGGCUGCUGUAUCAUUUUCAGCAGCAUCUCAUUUCCACACUUGUGGACAUUUCCACCGCCUGUGUACUGUAGCUGCUAUCAGAUUAAUUAUUCAGCAAGGGAUGGUGUAAAAAGCUCAGUUCCAACUCUGUCAUUGGUUACAAGUUUUUGUUUGAACUCUUUCUCACCUACAUUCAACUUUUAACCUUUUGUCGACAAGAAUGUUGUUUAGAAACCAUCGCAAUAAGCCUCUGAUCAUCUCGAGUAUAACUUUGAAUAGCAGUUUUAGACUUUGAUCCAGAAGUGACCUACUAAAGACUAUUCACAAAUGUGUGUUAUUUCCAAAAACAUAUUGUUUUCUACUGUUGUUUUUGUUUUAUGAACCUAAAUAGGGGGGAAAGAUGUUUUUAUAGAUAUUGUUUUGCACAUUUAACUGGUGAGACUCUAUUUGGACACACAGAAGCACUGGUUUUAAACCGUGCUACGGUCUUUGUCUUAUUCGAAGGUUAAUAGCUGCCUCAGCUUAAAGUCUUGCAGCCUCUUAUAGCAUUUUUUGUGUCUGGUAUUCAUUUUCAUCCAUGCUUCUUUAACUCUGAGCAUCUUACCUGGCAUUUUUAGACCAAAUUUACCGAGGGGGUGCCUAGGUGGGGUCAAUUUUUUUUUUAUGGGGCCAGGGCAACAGUUCAUUAUUUAAAAUAGUUGAACUAAAGAACCAUUUGCUACUCUGGAAAACCUCAGAUAUAGUAGAUACAAACUAUGAUCAUAUCUAAAUAUGACUGAAGCUAAAAU